AUGUAUAGACGAAAAGUGCCGAGAAAAAGAGGCCUUUCUACUCCCGAAACGCAAACAGGAGACAAUUUCGUGAUCAAAGCAUGCAAGGAUAAUCCGUCGAUUUGCGGAAAGGAAGCGGCCUGCCGUAGUUUCGCGGACAACUCAUCAAAAUGCGUGUGUCCUCAUGACUUGUCGUUACCGACAUCAGAUUUAAAAUGUCCAAAUCGUCUAAUCGUUCCUUUAACACCUCGUCCUAUAUAUAACAUAAUACCGCCAAGCGGCAACAACAACACAAAUAGCACGAAUGUACUUUCAGAAGCUGAACAGGCAGUGGAGUUGAAAUACAAGGUACCUGAAAUCAUAGGAGUAGUUGUAGCUUUCGUCGCGGUAAUUGUGCUCUUAUCAUGCAUUAUAUAUGGCGAAAGAAGACGGAGUUACAGCAUCAAAUCGCAAAGAAAUCCUUUAGAUGGAUCCCCCAUAAAUCUGAAGAAAGACUUAUUAUUAGCGCAUAAGUACACGUCUAAUCCUCAAUAUUUUACCUGCACGCCUCCGGGGGUAACAAUAAUGCAACGUGAAAGUCUUAUGUUUCUUCACGACAUCGGCGAAGGAUGCUUCGGAAAAGUUUACAAAGGCGAGUGGCACAACGGAGAUACGAAGGAGAUUGUCGCUAUAAAAGUUCUGAAAGACACCGCUACGCCCGAAACCGAGCAGGACUUUAUGCGCGAAGUAGACAUCAUGUCCACGUUCGACCAUACGAACAUUUUGUCCCUAAAGGGCAUGGUACUUCGAGAUGCGACGAAUAAUCCGUGGAUGGUGUUCGAAUACAUGCCGUAUGGUGACCUCGCCGAGGUACUACGAGCAAACUCCUCGCAAUUAAGAUCGUCGAAAUCUGGACUGCAGCCAUUAACGAAGGACUCGCUACACUGGAUAUCGAUUCAAAUUGCGGCCGGCAUGACGUACCUGUCGGCACAAAGAUUCGUGCAUCGUGAUCUAGCAUGUCGAAACUGUCUGGUGGGCUCAGGCUUAACAGUGAAAAUCGCUGACUUUGGCAUGUCGCGAGAUAUUUACACUUGCGACUAUUAUAAGAUUGGAGGUCAACGUUUGCUGCCAAUACGUUGGAUGUCGCCGGAAAGUGUAGUAUAUGGCAGGUUUACAUUAGAAACCGAUGUAUGGAUGUUCGGUGUAGUCCUUUGGGAAGUUUAUUCAUUUGGGAAGCAGCCAUAUUACGGAUCCAGUAACGAAGAGGUUGUAAAACUCAUACUUCAAGGGACGAUGCUUAUCCCACCAGACGAUUGUCCGCCCAUUAUUUGCGAAAUAAUGAACGAUUGUUGGAAGAUUGAGCCGCGGGAACGAAUCAAGUUCCCCGAUAUUCUGGAGAGGUUGGAAGAAGCACAAAAUGAAUUGACCCGGCAAGGAACACUACCGAGACCACCGCAAGGUCCAGUGUUGUUACGGACUCCGGACGUUUUGGAUCCGGAUGGCUACUUACUUCCGGCUCCUGCGAUCCCUCGCGAGUAUCUGCAAGCCCUUCCAGUUGUGUCCAACUAA